GACUUUUUGAUCUUGGAGAGAUAGGUGAAGAAGAAAAGAAGGUGAAGUUGGGAAAAAGGAAAUGGAUGAGAGAAGUAGAGAGAGAGGGAGAAGAGAGCGAAUCGGACUCCGACCCUGGGACAGACAGAAGGCCCUCAACAGGAAGUUUGGCGGAUGUAGUCGGAGCAGAAACCAGAGGAUUAGGGAUUCGGCUGAGAGGGGGAAAGCAAGGAAUGAUCAAAUCAAGAGUCCAAUGUUGCAGAAAGAUGGGCCUUAUAACUGGGGUUUAUACAAACAAGCAACCUCUUUUUUCUUUACCAAUUGCCCAGACGAUUGGAAAUAUGAAGAAAUGUGGAGUACGUUUUUGAAGUUUGGCCGAGUUUAUGUUAUCUAUUCUCCAAAUAGAAGAAGCAGAAGAGGAAGUAGAUUCGGCUUUGUGAGAAUUCUUGGGGUGAAUGAUAAGAAGGAAAUGGAAAGAAAGUUGAAUCAGAUUUGGGUUAGAGGUCGCAAACUGUGGGUGAACUUGCCAAGAUUCGAUUGUGAGAAGAAGGAGGUUGGGGUAAAAAGAAACUAUAUCGGCAGGAUGGCAAAUGUUCAGAGUAGAAGUUAUGCUGAGGUGGUAAAAGGACCACAAGAGAAGGAGAUGACAGGGGAUCAAAGCACACAGAGCAAGGUUGAUCGUGACAGAGAUAGAAAUACCGUAAAUGAAGCUAAGAAGAAUGCAGGGCAGGACUUGCAAAGGAGUCACGAUCAUCGGCAACCUGGAAAUAGGAGAGUGUGGAAAGAAAAAGGAAGAGGAGACAGCUGGGCUGGGUUGGAGUUUAACAACAAUCCGGAAGAGUGGGAUUGGCUAGAGGGUAGCUACGUUGGGAUAGUGCACUCGGUGGAGAUGGUGCGCAACCUUCAAGAAAAAUUUUAUAUGGAGGGGUAUUUUUCUUGUCAAGUCCGAGCAAUGGGUGGCAAAAUGGUUCUGUUAACUGGACAGGACAAGGAGGAAGUGAAGGACUUAGUGGAAAUGGCAUCGGAUUGGUUGAGGCGCUGGUUUGAAGAAGUGAGGCCAUGGACACCACAAAUGACAGCAAAAGAGAGAUUUGUGUGGAUAAGGUGUCAAGGAGCUCCACUGAAUGUUUGGGGAAGUGAUUUCUUUACAACCAUGGGUAGUUCAUGGGGCAAAUUUAUUUGCUUGGAUGACAGCACAAGCAAGAAGGUGCGGUUUGAUGUUGCUAGAUUUCUGAUUUCUUCUUCAAUUAUGGAGACAAUCAAUGUUACAAGGGAAAUCAAAAUCAAUGGAAGUUUGUUCAAGCUGAAAUUCUCAGAGGAGGAAAACACUAAUUGCUUCUUCUCAGUGAAACAAGAUUUUAUGCCUUCCUUUAGUAGUGAAUCAGAGGAUCAUGAAACAUGGUCCACCGGUUCAGAAUCGGAGAUGCGGGACGAGGAAGAUGGAAGGAGGAAGGAAAAGCUUUCAGCCGGUUGUUCAACCGAAGAAGAUGAUGAUGACGUAGUGAGACGUAAGAGUGAUGAAGAAAGAAGAAAUGAAGUCCAAUCCAGCAAGAGAGUAGGGGAUUGUGCAGAAGCCGUUGGUGACAACCUGGAAAAAAUUCAAAAUUCAAAUGAAAGUGUAAGUGGUAGGCGGUCUAAAGUUGCGGCUGCAGGUCAGAUGGUGAAGGCUUUUGGUUCGGUAAUUGGAGAAUCAAAAACUGAGAAUUAUACCAAUAAAAUGAAGCCCAAUGGCUCGGUAUCCAGGCCCACUUUGAAGGGAGAAAAUCCAAUGGCAAUGGAAUCCAUUAACGCGGAUAUGGCCCAUAAAGAAACUCUAAUAGAGUCCCCAAUUUCAGACCAAAACAGAGUCAUGUCGGGAACCGAAAAUUCUGCAGAAGAGAAGGGCGAGGAAGAAGAAGAUGCAUUCUGGAAGGGUCAUGAAUCAGAGAGAAGCCGAAUAGAAGACUGGAUCGGGAAACAACUGGAGGAAAUCAACUCAAAAAAUGGUAAAAGGAAGGUCAGAAGAUGCAGCUCGGUGUAUUCCCAACCCAGAAAUAGAGUAGCUCCGGCGGAAAAAAAAAGAGGAAGAAAGAAGAAGAUCGUGCAGCAGGUAGAUGAGGGACCAGAACCAAUGUUCAUGCCGAACCAGGAGGGGAAAGUUGCUGGAGGAUCAAUAGGGGACAGUGACAUAAACAAUUGCAACAGGGCAUUGAAGAAACAAUGGCAAUCCCAACUCGCAAAGGAGAUUUGGGACUUGGCGACGCAGCUAGGGGCGGUGGCGGAGAAUGAUAAUGAGGUGAUUCAACGAAUUGAGGAGAUGGAGGACAGAGAUCGAAGCUCAAAAAGGAGUAUGGUUAACCGAGAGGGUGAAGAGGGUGGGAAGAUGGACGCAGUUGAUAGGAAAAUUUGUAGAUCUUUAUGGAGGUCGGAGGAUUUGGAUUGGGUUGCUAAAUCUUCUAAUGGAAUGUCCGGAGGUUUGAUAUGCAUUUGGGACAGUAAAAUGCUGAAGAAGAAAGAGACUAUAGAAGGGGAUUUUAACGCUGUAAGGAGGGCUGAGGAAAGAGCAGGGUGCAAGAUGGUGUCCAAUGAAAUGAGGGAGUUUGAUGCUUUCAUCCACAACAGUGAUUUAGUUGAUUUGCCUUUAAUAGGGAGAAAAUAUACCUGGUAUAAUUCAAAUGGGAAUCAAAUGAGCAGGAUUGAUAGAUUUCUGUUUUCAGAAGAAUGGGUAUCAAAGUGGAGCGAUUUGAAACAGUGGGGAUUGAGGAGGAAUGUAUCAGAUCACUGCCCUAUAAUGAUAAAAAAUGAGCAAGUCGACUGGGGUCCAAAACCGUUCAGAUUUUUCGAUGCUUGGUUGGAUCAACCGGGUUGUAAGGAGGUGAUUAGGAGUGCAUGGUGUGACAAUGAGGUGGACGGCUGGUAUGGAUUUAAAAUUAAAGAGAAGUUGAAAAGAACAAAGAAGGCACUAAAGGACUGGAGUGGUAAAAACAACAGGGAGAUGGAUGAAAGAAUAAGGAAUGCAGAGUCGGUGAUCGCGGCUGUUGAUGAGAAAGGAGAGCAGCACCAGUUGACAGAAAGUGACGUAGAAUUAAGGAGGAAUAGUUUUAUUGAGUUGUGGAAGAAUUUAAAAAUCAAGGAGAGGAUGAGUCAACAAAAAUCAAGAAAACAGUGGCUGAAGGAGGGUGACGCGAACACAAAAUUCUUUCACAGAAGCAUUAAGGGAAGAUGGAGCAAGAAUGAGAUUAAUAGUGUCCGGAUAAAUGGGGAACAGUAUACAGGAGUGGAGGUAUUAAAAAGAGAGAUUGCUAAAUACUUCCAAGACUUGUUCACAGAAGAAAAAUGGAGGAGACCAAGGUUAGAUGGAAUAAGCUUUAGGCAAAUUACUAAGGCUGAUAAUGAGCUCCUCACGGCUGCAUUUUCGGAACAAGAAAUUAAAGAAGCAAUAUGGGACUGUGACCCUUCCAAAUCUCCAGGACCAGACGGAUUCAAUUUCAGAUUUAUCAUGUCAAUGUGGGAUGUUAUAAAAGCUGAUAUUGUCAACUUUGUUCGGGAGUUCCAACAGCAUGGUAGAAUGGUCAAAGGGUCAAAUGCUUCCUUCAUUGUGCUAAUUCCAAAAUCAGAAAAUCCACAAGCAAUUGAGGAAUUUAGACCAAUUUCCUUGAUAGGAGUCUCUUACAAAAUCAUUGCUAAGCUUCUAGCAAAUCGUUUGCGGAAGGUGCUGCCCAAGGUGAUUGGGGAGCAGCAGAUGGCUUUUAUCGAAGGUAGGCAUUUAAUGGACGGAGCAGUGAUUGCAAAUGAGGUUAUUGAUGAGGUUAAGAGGAAAAAGAAGAAGGGAUUUCUAUUUAAAGUCGAUUUCGAGAAAGCCUAUGACAAGGUAUGCUGGGAAUUCUUAGAUUAUAUGAUGACAAGGAUGGGAUUCUGUGCAACUUGGAGGAAAUGGAUUCAGGAGUGCUUGGAAUCGAGCUCGGUGUCUAUUCUUGUCAACGGCAGUCCGACGAACCAAUUCCCAGUUAAUAAAGGCAUUCGCCAAGGAGAUCCAUUAUCCCCGUUCUUAUUCCUCAUAGUGGCAGAGGGCUUGAAUGGACUAGUGGCAUCGGCAGUGGAGAAAGGGAGGUACAAAGGAGUGGAAAUUGGGAGCGGAGAUGUAACGGUCACACAUCUUCAAUUCGCGGAUGACACAAUCUUUUUUGGAGAUGCAACGGAAGACAACAUUCGGGUGAUCAAAUGUAUUAUGAGGACAUUCGAGUUAGCAUCGGGACUGAAAAUUAAUUUCAAGAAGAGCCAGUUGAUUGGUGUGAGAGUUGAUCAAAGUUGGUGUGAUAAGAUGGCAUUUCAGCUGUGUUGUAAGGAAGGGAAACUGCCAUUGAGAUAUCUGGGAAUACCAAUCGGAGGGAAUCACAGAAGAAAAGCUAUGUGGCAGCCGAUGGUUGAGUCUGUUAGAAGGAAGCUAGCCAGCUGGAGGGGACGGUAUCUAUCUAUGGGAGGCCGUAUCACACUCAUCAACUCAGUGCUGUCGAGUCUACCAGUUUUCUUGAUGUCUACCUAUGUUAUCCCAAAAGGUAUAAUUCAUAUCAUUGAUAAAUUGCGUAGAAGUUUUUUAUGGGGGGGGAAGGGAGACGAGAAAAAAAUUAAUUGGAUUGGAUGGGAUAAAGUGUGUAAAAAAAAAGAGGAAGGAGGUUUAGGAGUGAGGGAUUUAAGGAAAUUCAAUUUGGCAUUGAUGGGGAAAUGGUGGGGAAGGCUUGCAGAAAAUGGGGAGGGCAUGUGGAAAAAAAUUAUUGGUGCAAAAUAUGGAAAGGGAGGGGGGCAUUGGCAGGACUGGAUAGAGGAAAGUAGAGAAGUAGGAUCAGUUUGGUGGAGGGAUGUGUGUGGUAUUAAUGCAAUGGAUGGGGAAAGUAUUGGAUGGCUAAAAGAGGGAUUUAGGGUUAAGAUUGGGGAGGGUAAUACGGUUAGUUUCUGGUGGGACAAAUGGAGGGGAGAAGAAAGUCUAGCUAAUAUGUUUCCAAGAUUGUACUUGCUAGCUACAGAUAAGACGAAGACGUGUAGUGAAAUGGGAAAUAGAACUAAUGGUUUGUGGGAGUGGAAUUUAUCUUGGAGAAGGAGUUUGUUUGAAUGGGAAAAAGAGGAGGCAAAGGAAUUGCAAAACUCGAUUCAAAAAGUGCAACUGUCACAAGGAUGCAUGGAUAGCUGGGAGUGGAUACACAACAAGGACGGCCAAUACUCAACAAAAUCAGCAUACUCAAUAUUGAUGAAGGAAGGGAGGGAAGCAAGGGAAAUUACAACCUUUUGUAGAAUUUGGAACUCUGUUUUGCCAAGUAAAAUUUCAGCAUUCAAUUGGCAAUUGCUACUUGACAGGAUUCCAACUAAAAGGAAUCUGUUGACAAGAGGGAUAAUCAAGGACAAUCAAGAUUGCAAAUGCGGAAUUUGUGGUGAGGAAGAAGAGGAUUCAAAGCAUCUGUUUCUGGAGUGUAGUAUGGUCCGAUGGGUAUGGAUGGCUUGUGCAAAAUGGUGGGGUAUCAAUGUUACUUUAGGGGCGGACUGCUGGAAUACCUUUCAAGUGGCUGGAAGAGAACUAAAAGAGAAAGGUGUUAGAGAAGGGUGGGAUUGCAUUUGGAAUUCUCUUGUGUGGACAGUGUGGCUGGCUCGAAAUCAAAAAACAUUCCAAGGCAAAGAGAUUAAUAGGGAGAAGCUGCUGGAACUAAUCCAAUUAAAAUCGUUCCUUUGGAUCACAACAAAAAAAGAAAGGUACGCCUUCACUUUAACGGAUUGGUUUCUUAACCCAGUGGCAUGCUUGAAAGAUGACUGUAGAAAGAGAAGGGUUCCAUAUAUAUAAUAUGGGGGAGGGUUGGUAGUGCUGAUAGAUGGAUUAAGGUUUUUAAGAGGUUCUCAUUAAUAUCUAUUGCUCAGUAGAAGAAAGCUCAGGGAUCAUGGUGCUGCUCUGAUAUAUAGAAAGGUGCAAGAAUCAUUUGAGGCCGCUCCACUGCAAUAACACGUUCUUGUCUUCACAGAAAAGCCCAGCAGCUCUUUGUGCAUUAUUAAAAAUAAAUAAAUAAAUAAAGGCUUA